AUGACCGCCAACGUAUAUUUUUGGCAAUCCGAAUGGGAGAAACAUGGAAUGCGUUUUGACCAACCUGAUAAACCCGUUCAUUAUUAUCAGACUCCCUUAAAUGCUAUAAAGAAAUUUGAUUUUCUUGAUAUCUUAAAAAAAGCAAGCAUAGAACCCAACAAUGGAAAGUACAACCGAACUGUGGUCGGAAAAGUUGCUAGUGAUUACGUGAAAAGACAAGUUGAAAUUAGUUGCAACAAAGACUCAGAAGGAAAUAUCCAAUUGGAGGAGAUGAGGGUAUGCUACACCAGAGAUGGUAACGAGAAAUCAUGCCCAUAUAAAUUUAAUUAUUGCGGAGAUAAAGAUGAAUUCAUACAAUUCCCAUCUGCUGCUGCUCCUUCUUUUUUCUGCUAA